AUGGGCAGACAUAAUAAAGACGCCCCCAGCUGUGCGAUAACGCCUCCAGCAACACCAACAUCUCCGGCACAGUUCAAGUCCGGAUCCACAUCCAAUGACUGUGGCACACAGACCAGUCUCGCCCGUCAGGCAUCGGCGGUGUCUACAGCUUUUGUUCCCCGCUCGCCAUCGAUACACUCCCACCCUGUGCCGCCUCAACUCUUCGAUCACGAGAUUCUGGAAUACGUGAUACUCGUUGACAAGGAGGACAAGAAGCGACCUAUUGGCUCAGGCGUGUGGAGUGAUGUAUACCUGGCGGUUCCAAGCAUACCGAAGCCCGUCGAUCGGUCUCACUCAAUGCUGCCCUCUGCUGCUAAGUCGCUCCCUGUCACUCUAAUCAAGUCGAAUGAUUCGGCCAUCGGUUUGUAUGCCUUCCCCGCAACACCAUCACUGUAUGCGAUCAAGGCUCCCGCUUCCACCAGCUCGCGCAGAGUUUUAAGGGAGGAAGCAAAGAUCUUAUCAUACUUAUCACAAUUUCCGGAUUCGGACGAUCACAUCGUACAGUUCUUCGGCCAGGACCUGCGCAACGAAGCACUGGUCUUGAAAGCCAUGGAUGGCACCCUGGAGGACUGGAUUAAGAACAAUCUCAACAACUUGUCGGAUGACCUUCGCGCAGCGAAACUCGCAGCCGUCUUUCCUCGCAUAGGAAUUUCCCUCAUCCAUAGUCUCAUGUGGAUGCAAGACAAGAAUUGUGUUCAUGCCGAUAUCAAACCAUCGAACAUUCUCACCACGGAGACCCCAAUGGACCCCACCUCAGUUCCAGAAACCGUAUAUUCCGACUUCUCAUCGACCAUCCUCAUCGCUCCGGAAAUCGAAGUACACAAUGCCUCGCCACUUGGUGCUGGGACCUGGGACUACCUCGAUCCCUCUCUCCUACGCAGCACAGACGCCCCAGAGGCCUCCGCUGCCACUGAUCUCUGGUCGCUCGCCAUCACUCUCCUCUUUCUCAUUAUUGGCGCGUCGCCUUUCGACGGUUUCAGACACAACAAGUUUCAGCAGCGUGAGAUGAUCAAGUCUGGCCAGCCGCUACAGUGCUUGGCUUACGACGACAUCGGCAUUGAGAACGUGCGCAAAAUGAAAGACCUCUCCAAAGCCCUUGGACUCGACCUGCACAAGUGGUUCGCGAGAGUGCUGGUCAAGGAUGUUAGCAAGCGCAUUGAUGUGGCUGAGUGGAGGGACGAGCUGGCACGCGUUACUACGAGAGCAGAGUCGAUGUAG